AUGGAAGGGUUGCAGAGAUCGUCCUCGACUUUCAGACGGUCCGGCUCGUCGGGCCUGGUGUGGGACGAGCGGUUCCUGACCGAGGGCGCCGAGGCGCAGGCCGCCGGCGAGGGCGGCGCCGAUGACGCCCAGCCGGAGAUGCGGCGCUCCCGGAGCACCGGCGGCGUCGGGAUGAUGCUGCGCCGGGGCGGCGACGACAAGAAGCAGCAGCAGCAGCAGCAGAAAAAGAAGGAGCAACAAGGCCAGAAGAAGAAGGACGAGGAGCGCGAUCCCCAGGUGUUCCGGACCAAGGAGGUGGCCCCGGACGUGGACCCGCCGUCGCCGAGGGUGUCCGGCUGCAUCCUCUGCGCCAUCUUCGGGGGCUCCGGCUCCGGCUCCGGCUCCAGCCCCGCGGCGCGCCGAGGCCGCGCCAAGCCGAAGAGGAAGCAACGGCCGGCGGCGUGA